AUGAGCAGGGAAAGUCGCUCGAAAAUCGCUUUCAAGCGAAAAACGAGCAUCGGGAACAAGAGUGCCCAGUUAAUGGAUUACGAACGCAUCCGAGGAGAGUUGGAAGUGGUGGUCCCGAGCCCUCCUCCUCCUCCAGUUGUGACACCCAGUGCAUCCCUAGGAAAACUUAAGAUAAAGUUGAGUUCUGCCAAGAUUUCCCUACGAAAAAACUCGCAGACUCCGCAGAAUAAUCUACAGACUGCUCCCUUACCAGACGCAGUGCGUCGCAAAUCAGCACCACAGCUUUUUGCCUUCACCAUUUCCCCAAAGAGCGAAGCGAAUUCGAAAAUACAACUCCCAUCAGUGCCAAAGCUACCGAGUUUCGCACCAAAGAGCUCCAUCCGAAGGUCGAGGACUUUGGGAUUGUCGAAUGGUGCCCAAGCAGGGACGUCAGGGACAGGGUUGUCCAGUGUAGAACUCGGAGUGCAGGAUAGGGACAGUGGCAGUGAGCCCACUAGCAGCUUGGCUGGAGGUGGUAGCUCUACUUCCCCUGAAUCCCUACUGGAUAACAUACUCAGCGGGGCCUCCUCCGUUUCCGUACAAAGUAGUAGCAGCAGCCAGGCCAGCAAUGCUACGGUGGCACAACCCAUAAAAGCGAAAGAGCAACUGCAUCCCAAGAGGCUACUCAGCUUGAAGGCUUCUCCGGAGUUGAGAGUAUCACCUCCAACUCCAGACACUACGCAACCCCAGGUGCAGAUGCUACCUCAACUUUUGCUUACAAUGUCUCCAAGACCAGAGGUCUUCGAUGCCCCAUCACCACUGACCAGGAGUCCCUCACGAUCUCCCGCAGUCUCACCCCCUGUCUCACCAUCACCCAGCAUUAUUCUGAGACCCAGUACCCCUCCCGAGAACCCUGUAAUCUUCACAGAUGAUCUCAAGUGCGGCAUCUGCCUGGAUGUUUACACUGAUCCCAGGACACUGUACUGCUUGCAUUCCUUUUGUCUCCAAUGUCUGGUCAGCGAGAACUUCAAGGACGAAUCUAUAUGGGAUCAGGAUCAAGCCCGUAGCGAGGAGCCUUCGAACUAUAGCUUAAGGUCGGAGAUGGGUGGAUCCAGUGCGGAACUUACUGCGACAGUAUCACCUGCCAGGCAGCGAGGAGCCAGUUUUACUUUGAGAAGAAAGAAGUCCAUGGAUCGCCUGGUGAUCAGGUCAAAAAGUGAAGGAAAGCGCUCGAACAGUUCCAUCGGCACCCGAUUCACCGGAAGUUUUGUGAGCGAGGUAUCCACCCGCUGCAUCCAGUGCCAUACCUGUAACUAUCCCACGGAUCUUCCCUUAGGAGGAGUACGCCAGCUUCCACAAAACUAUUUGCUAGUGAGACGCAUAGAGGUCUUGCGACUACAGGCUGGGGAGGAUGUAAUCUCCAGGGUCUGGUGCUCUCUUUGCACAGAGGAGAUCAGCGCCACCUACCACUGCAUUAGCUGCACCUUAAACCUCUGCACCUUGUGCAAAGAGGCACACGAAAGGCAAAGGAGCACCGCAAACCACCGGAUGAGAAGCAUCCUGGAGCUUAGACGCGCCAGAAAGCAAAAGCAACAGCAGAUGGGAUUGGGAGACAGUAGCAAACUAGUGCUUCGAUGUGGAAUCCAUACCAACUUCGAACUGAAGGCAUUCUGCAGCCAAUGCCGACAACUGGCCUGCACCGACUGCUUGGUACUCCUCCACAAAGGUCAUCGACAUGAGACCAUAUCCCGGGCAAUUGGACAUCAGGGAAAACUACUCAAAGACGCUACGGAUCAAACUCGUCCCCUCUGUCAGUAUGCGGAGCACUCUAUCGAAAGGUUGAACGCCAUAGCACGUGGAAUCAACGACAGGUGUGACGACAUCCAGAGUCAAGUGGAGCGGUAUAUGCAGCAGUACAUGGAGGCCCUGGCAGUCCAUCGCAAGACUCUGCUCCAGCAAAUCAGCAGAGCCAGGGAGUCCAAAGUGGAGUUGGUACUCAAGCAGCAACUUGAUUUGGAAAAACGCACUCAGCAGGCCAUGGAUGCGGUAAGAUUUAGCCAAGAACUGUGCGAGAUUGGUGCUGAUGUGGAAAUUCUGAGUUAUGUGACUAUACUUCUAAGGCGUUUAGAGUACUGUCAGCAAUUUAAGCCGCCCGUGGAUCCCAAAAUAUCUGACUCGCUUCACUUCCUCCCAAAAAUACGCGCUCCGUCGACAAGGGAGCAGCGCGAUAUACCUCUAUAUGGCAUCAUCACCAUGCAAGUGGUGGAGCCUGGCUUAUGCACCUUGGAAUGGGAGGGAUUUUCCCAGCUGCGCCUCCACAAAAAAGCGGACCUUCUACUUCACUCCAGAGAUGCCGAUGGGGUUUCCCUAUGCCACGGUGGCCUGGAGAUCAACUGCAUGCUCAAGUACAAGGACUCGAGCUCAAAGUUCCUGCCCGUGGAGGUGUCGGACAAUCGGGAUGGCACCUACAACAUAUCCUUCACCCCGGAUGCCCAGGGCGCAUUGAUUCUUACGAUCACCAUUAACGACCGGCCCAUCAAAGGAGGUCCUUUCACCUUCCAGGCGCGUCAGGUUCGGCCGCAUACGGGCAUCUACCACUGCUGCUCCUUCUGUUCCGGAAAGGGCAACCGGAACGUCUUGUGCUCGUGUGAGGGUCACAUGCCUGGAUAUAGUGGCUGCGGUCAUGGACAUGCUGGACAUCCAGGCAGACGACACUGGUCCUGUUGCGGUAAUGUCCUAGAGAACUCGGAAUGCAAUGUGGCAAACAAACUGUUAAAUUCUUAA